ACCCCGUCGACCAACGUCGUCCUCAUUCCCAGUGGCAUGAGCUUUGAGGAUGCGGCCUCGAUCCCCCAGGCCUUCGCCACCGCCUACAUCUCCCUCUUCACGACGGCGAACCUGCGGAAGGGAGAAAAGGUCCUCAUCCACAGCGGCGCGGGCGGUGUCGGCCAGGCCGCCAUCAUGCUCUCACAACUGGCGGGCGCCGAGGUUUUCGUCACGGCGGGAACCCAAGUCAAGCGCGACUUUAUUUGCCGCAAGUUCGGCAUUAACCCGGACCACGUCUUUUCAAGCCGAGACGCCUCUUUCGUCGACGGCAUCAGGAAUUGUACGGGCGGCGAGGGCGUGGACGUGGCCCUGAACUCGCUGGCAGGCCACCUUCUGCAGGCAACCUUUGACUGCAUGGCCGAGUUUGGCAGGUUUGUCGAGAUUGGUCAGAAGGACCUGGAGCAGGAUAGUCGGUUGAGCAUGCAUACCUUUAUGCGGAACGUGUCUUUCCAGUGCGUUGAUCUCCUCGCCUGGGAGAGGGCCAAGGGGGACGCGGUCCAAGAAGCGUUGAAGCACAUCAUGAAGCUCCUGGAGGAUAAGCAACUUGGUCUGGUCGACCCGGUAUCGGCAUAUCCCAUUGCCGACAUCGAAAAGGUGUUCCGAACCAUGCAGGGCGGCCAGCACAUGGGCAAGCUCGUCGUGACGGCGUCGAAGAAGGACCUGGUCCCGGUCCGGAUGGGGGCGUCGCCACUCAGUUUGAGACCCGACGCAUCGUACCUCGUCGUGGGAGGCCUCGGAGGGAUCGGGCGGAGGAUCUGCGAGUGGCUCGUUGACCACGGCGCCAGGAACCUGAUCAUCCUGUCCCGGAGCAGCGGGGAGCGUAGCCCGUUCAUGGCCAGUCUGGAACAGUGCGGCUGCGUCGUGCUGCAUCACGCGUGCGACGUGGCUGACGAGGGACAGCUCGCGGUGAUGCUCAAGCGGCGUGAGGAGAUGAAGAUGCCGCCCAUCCGGGGCGUCCUACAGUGCGCGAUGGUGCUCCGGGACGCCCUCUUCACGCAGAUGACGGCGGACGAAUUCAACGCGGCCCUGCGGCCCAAGGUGCAGGGAAGCUGGAACCUCCACGAGACCGUUGCCCAAGACGUCGACUUCUUCGUCAUGCUGUCCUCCCUCGUCGGCGUCAUGGGAGGCGCGGGUCAGGCCAAUUACGCGGCCGCCAGCGCUUUCCAGGACGCCCUCGCGCAACAUCGCAGAGCCCAGGGCAAGCCGGCCACGACCAUCGACCUCGGCAUGGUCAAAUCUAUGGGAUACGUUGCCGAGGCGGGUCAGUCAAUCUCGGAGCGUCUCUUGAGGAUCGGCUACAAGGCCCUGCAUGAAGAGGACGUCCUGCUGCUGCUCGAAAAGGCCAUAUUGUCCCCUUCCCCGCCCUUGAGCUCCUCAGACCCGUCGCAGGGGGUCAUUGUCACAGGUAUAAACGCAUCGAAGGGAGCCCACUGGUCUGAGGCCCGUUGGAUUCAGGAAGCUCGCUUCGCAGGGCUCAAGUACCGUGAGGCCCCUCUCGUACAGGGAAGCCGGGUCGCGGGGUCCUUCAGCCAGCAGGGCCACGACGACAUACGCAGGGAGCUUGGCCGCGCGGCCUCCUACGACGAGGCGAUGGGUCUCGUUCUGCGAGAGAUGUCGCGCAAGCUGAUGAGGAUGUUCGGACUGGUAGAGGACGACAUGUCGGCAUCCAAGAGUCUCACGUCCAUCGGCGUCGACUCGCUAGUCGCUAUCGAACUGCGUACCUGGAUCACGUCGCAGCUCAACGUCGACGUGCCCAUCUUCGAGCUGAUGGAAGGGAACACGGUGACCGGCCUGGCUGAGGUGGUGGUGAGGAAAUUGGGCCAUGUCAAGGCGGAUCAGUCUUAGAAGUCGGCGGUGCGGACAAUAGAUAUAGCUGAAUUGGGAUGCUUUCUGAUCGGCAAGCCGGAUAGGGGUCGAU